AAAUUUAGCUUUGAUCGCCAUCUCUCUCUCUCUCUCUCUCUCUCUCUCUCUGUGUGUGUAAACUUAAACCCUAAUAUACCAUGCGAUCUCUUCACAAACUCACCCCUAAACCCCCAAAUCCCACUUCUCUCUUCCACAUCUCUCCUCGCCUCCUCACCACCCAUAACCCAAACCCCUCCUCCGCCCACUACGACGACCUCAUCGACGCCGCCGGCCGCAACAGGGACUUCGCCACCGUCUGCCGCCUCCUCAACAAGCGUUUCAAAGAAGGCUUCUUCAACACCAGCAAAACCUUCAACUUCAUCUCCACCGACUUGUCCCUCGUCGACGACCUCUCCGAAGCCCUAAGGGAUCUCGACAGAGGCUUCACCCGCAAGGGCGCGUACGACGCGCUCGUCGCUCGCCUCUGCAGGCUGCAGCGCGUCGACGAAGCCCUGGGCGUGGCGGAGGAAAUGCUGAGGGACAAGCACGGCGCGAACGCGUGCACGUUCCACCCCAUUCUCAACGCGCUGAGCAAAAAGCAGAAGAUGGACGAGGCGUGGCGCGUGGUGGAGCUGAUGAGAGCGAAUCGCGUUUCGCCAGAUGUAACGGCGUACAACUUCUUACUGACGGCGUACUGUUUCGCCGGAGAGUUGUCGUCGGCGGCGGAGUUGCUGAUGAGGAUGGAGGAGCAGGGGCUGGGGGCGGACUCGAGGACGUACGACGCGCUGGUGCUGGGCGCGUGCAGGGCGGGGAAGGUGGAGGGUGCUCUGGUGGUGCUGAGGCGGAUGGAGGAUGAUGGAGUGCCAGCGCUGUACUCCACGCAUGCGCACGUUAUCAGUGGGCUGUUGAAGUUGGGGUAUUAUGCGCAGGCGGUGGAGUUUGUGGUGAGCUGUGGAGGGAGGGAUAUGGCGUUGGAUACGGAGAGUUUUGGGAUUUUGGCUAGCCGUUUGAUCAGUUUGGGAAGGUUUGAUGAUGCUAAGUUGGUUUUGGGGGAGAUGAGGAAGAGGGGGUUGAAAAUGGGUGAUAAGUUGAAGGAUUUUUUCAUUUUACACUCGGAAGAGUAAACACAUUCCCCAUUUUUUUUGGGAAAGGAACACAUUUUUUUCCCGACGGUCAGGACAUUAGGGUCAUCUUACGCGCUCGUCAACUAAGGAAUUCGCAAGAAAUUUUUUUUCUUUUUUGUGGUCUAAUGUCAAGAGAUUGCCAAUUUUCGAACGCUUCGUCAACUAAGGAAUUUGCAAGAAUUUUUUUUUUCUUUUUUGUGGUCUAAUGUCAAGAGAUUGCCAAUUUUCGAACGCUUCCGGUUCGAGACAUCUUUUUUUCCUUAUUCUUUUAGUUUGCUUUUGUCAUACAUGAACCAGUGUGAUAUUGUAACAUGUUUUGGAAAAAUAAGAAUUGAAUACCACAUUGAAAUUUUCGUU